ACUAACGCUGCGUGCUGUACAACAUGUCUCGUGGUGAAGGAGCUCAGCUUUUUAUCGGAAGACUUAGUAAACAAACCCGCCAACGUGACUUAGAAGAUAUUUUCACAGCUUAUGGUCGUUUGUCAAGAUGCGAUGUCAAAUAUGGCACUGGAAUGGCUUAUGCAUUUGUUGACUAUGAAGAUCGCAGGGAUGCUGAGGAUGCCAUCAAAUAUGAAAACGGAAGAGAAGUUUGUGGGCAAAGCAUCGUUGUAGAAUGGGCCAGAGGACCAAGACGGGGCUUCGUGCAGGCGGAAGAUGAAUGUUACAAGUGCCAUCGCUCUGGUCAUUGGGCCAGAGAUUGUCGUGAUCCAAGAUAUGCUGGUUUUGGGAGGACUAGUUUCCGGUCUCGUUCAAUAUCACCUUAUAGGAACAGACGUAGCAGAUCUCCUGGUGGUCGUGGUAGUGGUUAUCGUGGUGGCGGCAGCGGCGGCGGUGGAGGAUUUAGAAGAUCAUCCUACAGAAGUCGAAGCAGAAGUCGUGAGCGUGAAUCCAGGAAUGAUCGCUACAGAAGUCGAAGUCGUAGUAGAGACCGUAGAGACAGGGAUAGUCAUCAAAGAAGUCUGAGUAGAGAUCACAGAAGAAGCAGGAAUGGUCGUAACCGAAGUGAAAGUCCUAGUCAUAGUGUCAGUCCUAGAAUGCGAAGUUUAAGUCAUGAUGGUGGCAGUGGCAGCGCCCAUAGCCGUAGUAGGAGUCGGUAGAAACAUUCUUUCUAUUCUCAAUGUUUCUCACAAAGAUAUUGAUUUUAUUUCACCAAGAUGUUCUCUCAAAAUGCAAUAUUUGGAUUGGAUAUAUCUUUUCUAUUAUUACCAAGUAUCGUUUCUGAGAUUUCUUGAAAUAUUUCUAAUGAAUGCUACUAAUUGUGGGGAAGUCUACAUUUAUUGAUUGGGGAAAGGAUAUUUAAAACAAAUAUCAGGGAAAUAGUUUUAUUUUUGUGGAAAGAUGUUAGGGCAGGGAUGCACUUUGAUUCUUUGCGUCCAGUGUUUUGGAAAUAUUCCAAAAAUAUUUAAUUUUGUACUCAUAGUUUGUACAAUGCAGCUGUGUAAUGGUUGCCUAUUAACAUUAAGUUUUUAUUGGAAUAUAUAGUUUAAAUCAGGUAAUAUUUUAAGAGGAAGACUUCGUUUUUGUUAAUUUGCAUACUGCAUAAACUCGCAAUUUAUAUAUACUCAAAUGCUGUGUUGAGUUCGCAUAAUUGUUUACUGUAUUUGUAUUUUUCAAUAAUGUAAAAUUUAUUUGUAAACUCCAAGGGAUAUAAGGAGCUAAAAAAAACUGGAAACAAGUGCAGCCUCAUUAUAUAAGGUACACUUCAAAAAUGACUUAAAUAGUUUAUUUCCCAGUUGU